AUGUCGUCAGUCAAAGUAGCGGUACGCGUGCGACCUUUUAACCAACGCGAGAUUGGCAACGAGUCAAAGUGUAUCAUUGGAGUCACUGCGAACACAACGAGUUAGUUUAAUAACCUUAGCAAAAGUAACUUUUUUUAGCGUUAAGAAACCAAGAGAAAGCAAACUAUACUUGCAACAUGACGUCAGAUUGCUUUGAUAAAGUGCUAAUUGUGUGGUGCAUGACGUCUGCGCCGCACGUCAUGUUUGGAAAUGCAUUCGGACAAGCCAGAAAAAAACAAGGAAAAAACAGCCAUUAUUGGCGCUGAACCCCCAAGCGUGGUGUAAUUAAAAAAAAGUCUGCUGAUAAUUGAAUAGCACAACGUUCGUUUGUCUCCAAAUGCAAACAUUUGAACGCAGAUGGGAACUACUUUUCCUUUCCCAACUUUUUCUUCUUGAAACAAACUAACAAUAAUUGCAGCCAUCAACGGACGAGAUCUUGGCAAGGAAACACACAGCUUCAAUUUUGACCACUCGUACUGGUCCUUUUCCAAGAAUGACUCCCACUUUACCACACAAAAACAGGUCAGUCUGUGUGUGUUCAUCAAAUUUUUCCUCGAAAUCAGUCCUCGUGUCCGGUCGCCUUAG